AACUGAUGUUGGGAAACAGAAACAGGAAACACAAUGUACUCGUGAAAGGGAUACUCAUCGUGGAUCUUGACUGAAGGCGUGGUAUGGGCUGACUACUGUGACAAAGCAUUUGCGUUCACUUCGAAGUGAAAGUCACUCGGAGUACUUAUUAGGAGAUCACCGGCAAGGAUGUUAGAUACACAACGCUAGCCCGUGAUGAGCGCACCUUUUACGCAGCGUGGAGAGUCAUGUGGGCCGAUGCUCCAAAGCCUGUGGGACUACGUGAGGAGUGAACACGAUAGUGUUCUACUCUCCCCUUACCUGCCCGUCUUGUGCGCUUUCCUGACCCACGUCACGUUUUGCGCACCUUUCCUUCUAUUGGACCUCCUGGCCGGUGUCAGUCAGCGGGUCCGCGCGUGGAAGAUCUCCGCGAAGCAGCCGCCGCCGCCUCUGCGCGCUUGGUUGAAGUGUCUGGGGAAAAUCGCGGUCCAAUACCUGACCGUCUUGCUGCCCGCCAGCGCGCUCCUCCAGAUAUCGAGGAGACCCUCUCAACUCCCCGAAUGGUCUCCAAGCAGCUGGCGGCUUUUUACCGACGUUUUUGUCUGCUUUCUGCUUUUCGACGCGCUCUUUUUCUUUUGGCACCUCUGCCUGCACAGGAUCCCAUGGCUCUAUCGCAACGUCCACCAAGAGCACCACCAGCACCAGGUACCCUUCGCCCUGCAGGCCCAGGACGCCAGCACCUCCGAGUUGCUCUCCCUGCUGCUGCUAGCACAGAUAAGUGCCUGCUUGGUGAACUGUCACCCCGUCAGUGAGGUCUUCUUCCACAUUUUCAACACCUGGCUGGCGGUGGACGACCAUUGUGGCUACAACCUGCCCUGGGCUCUGCACAGACUGCUGCCUUUUUUCGGCGGAGUCCCUCACCACCACAUUCAUCAUCGGCGGCACAAUGUUAACUUUGCGCCCUAUUUCACACAUUGGGACCACCUCUUUGGCACAUACAGGAGGGACUGAGGGUGUAUUCAAGUUUCAUCAUUCACUUUUAGGGCGUGAGAUUUCCAAAUGUCCAUCUGCGCAUCCACCAGUUGCAAUGAAUUGCACAUUGGGGAAUCUGUCAUUUGACCGAUCAGUCCUGACAACGCGCCCAAUCUUUGCUGGCAGCUUCGAUCAUGGUUCAAAAUCAAAUGCAGAAAUGUGAUUGUAAUAUAAAGUAUCCACAUGUUCAUGGAAGAGCAGGAGUGGUGUUAAAUCUCGUCUAUCUGGUACAUCUUUUCUGUUGAGUUCACAAGUAGAAAUGUCAACUCUUUCAAGCCAGUGUACCUACCAAAUGCUUCGUGAGAACCGUUGUAUAUAUUUUGCAUUCAUCUUGUAUCGUCCAAAAUGUAAAAUGUUGAUUUUGAGUGUUUAUUGUGCAAUGUAAAUAUCCAAAUUCUGUGAACAUUUUAUGAUAUAAACUCUAAUUAUUUCAA